CCCUCAGUUAUUUAUUAGUGCAGCUCUGCUCUCUGCUCAGUCUGCCUCUGCCUGCCGCCGUGCGCACACACGUCCAUGGAAAAGCGCAGCGCAAAGCUCGGAAACUAGAAGAUACUGUCGAACUGAGAGCAAAAUACUGUGGGAGAUUACAGAAGACCAGUGGUUUUACAUGUGAUGAGAGUAUAGAAUAAAUCGAUUUGUGACUUGUGCCCAAACUGCCACCUCCAGGCUGUUUUCUUUGUAUAUUUUCCUCUGACUGUCAUGAGAACUGCUGAGGACUCUUCUGGAACGGUCCUGCACCGUCUCAUCCAAGAGCAGCUCCGCUACGCCAACCUGACCGACACUCGCACACUCCUGGCCAUCCAGCAGCAGGCCUUGCGUGGAGGCAGUAGCGGCGGGGGCACCGGCAGUCCCCGCUCCUCUCUGGAGAGCCUGACCCAGGAGGAGACCCAGUACAUCCAGAUGUCAACACGACAAGAGCCUCAGGGCCAGGAGCACCAGGGGGACUGCCUGCACUCUGAGAGCCCUGUGUGCCAUUUGUACCAGCUCCACGGAGAGGAGCUGCCCACCUAUGAGGAGGCCAAAGCCCACUCCCAGUAUCUAAUUUCUCAGAAGGGACAGGAACGGCCAAGCAUGGACAUAAUGGGGAUUAGAAAUGAGGAGCAGUGGGAUCUAAAGAGGGAGCAUGCACGCUCCCUCAGUGAGAGACUCAUGCAGCUCUCUCUGGAGAGGAACGCACAGAGACACAGUCAGGCCAUGAGCUCCUCACACAGCUACCCACAGCUGUACAGCCAUGAUGGUACAAACACUGUGGCUCCUGACAGGCAAGGACCUCAGCAGUGUGUGGACCAGCGGGGGCCGCCUCCGGACUAUCCUUUCUGUGCCAGACUUCCUGGAUAUAUGCUAAGUCACUCACAAGAGCAUGGACAAUAUUACAGAGAGCCUCCUCCUCCUUUCUACUCACAGCAUCACAGGUAUGUGUCUGCUCAGUCCCAGGUGGCUCACAGUGGCAUCACCCCAGCCUCCAGCAAUAACUCAGCUCAGACUGACGUGUUGAUGCGGGAGAAUGAAAGGCUGAGGAGGGAACUGGAGGUGUACACUGAGAAGGCUGCCAGGCUGCAAAAGUUGGAGCUGGAAAUUCAAAGAAUAUCUGAAGCAUAUGAGACGCUAAUGAAAGGUUCUGCCAAGCGUGAAACUCUGGAGAAAACAAUGAGGAAUAAACUAGAAGCUGAGAUCAAGAGGAUGCAUGACUUUAACAGAGACCUGAGAGAACAACUUGACUCAGCAAAUAAACACAGAGUGGCCAGGGAAUCUGAGAGUACGGACCAGAAGCACCAUGUGUUUGCUAAACUCAUAGAGCAAAAUGAAGAGCAGCAGCGGGAGCGUGAACGCCUGGAGAAGCAGAUCCAGCAUCUGCGAGUCUCCGGGGAGGAAUGUCAGCGAAGGCGGGAGCUGCUGGAGCAGGCUUUGGCUACGACACAGGUCCGCAACCGGCAGCUGGAGGAAGAGCUGCAGAGGAAGAGAGCGUAUGUUGAGAAGGUGGAGAGGCUGCAGAGUUCACUGGCUCAGCUGCAAGCGGCGUGUGAGAAAAGGGAAUCGCUUGAGAUGCGGCUGCGCACUCGAUUGGAACAGGAGCUGAAAAGCCUCCGGGCUCAACAGUUUCAGAACCAGGCAGCUGACCCCACAGCGUCAGAACUGAGCUCCUCCACUUUGCAACAGCAGCUGAGGGAGAAAGAGGAGCAUAUUCUGGCCCUGGAGGCAGAUAUCACCAAGUGGGAGCAGAAGUACCUGGAGGAGAGUACCAUGAGGCAGUUCGCAAUGGAUGCAGCUGCUACUGCUGCUGCCCAGAGAGAUACAACCAUCAUCAAGCAUUCACCUGGACAUUCACCGAACAACAGCUUUAAUGACGACCUGCCCUUAUCUACUCACAGGCAUCAGGAGAUGGAGAAUAGGAUUCGAGCGCUUCAUGCUCAGCUCCUGGAGAAGGAUGCUGUGAUCAAAGUCCUCCAGCAGCGCUCCAGAUUGGAGCAGGGGAAGCUGGAGAAACAAGGACUUCGACUGGCCAGGUCCGUCCCCUCCAUCAACACAGUGGUCAGCAGCACGGAGGUUAAAGUAAAGAGCCUCUCAGAUGACCAGACAGGUGCUGCCCUGCUGCAACCCAGUGUGGUUCCCAAGGGCCCGAGCCGAGACUCCAGCACCCAGAGCGAUGAGGCCCCACAGGAGCCAGAGCCUAACAAGCUAAAGGAAUCUGAAGCAGCAGCCACUACUGAUUCCUCAGAGGAGCCCAAGGCAGCGCUCAAGACAUUCAAGAGCAACAGCACAGAUGCAGAGGUGGUUGAAAUCCUUAUUUAAAAUCCCAGACUGCUCCCUACUGCCAAUUUGGACUGAUUACAGCCGAGAAGGAGGUUCAUCAGAAGCAUCAAAGGCCUUCUUCUACAUCUGAGCACAAGCAAACAAAGACUGUUGGUCUGAAGUGACCACAGAGCAGUUUCACCUGAUUCAACAUGCAGAGUGCAGAAUGUGGUGAGGAGAGCUGCGCUUUCCACCGCCGUUUCUGCACAGUUCAUGAAAUUUGUGUCAGAAUCCUUUGAGGUACCUGGACACUAUUCUGCCUUGUAAUCAGAGUCAGGCUGCUGAUGGUGCAUAUCCAGAUGUUGUGCAUGUUCUUUGAUUUUGUGUUAUGUAUUGUAUUUAUACAUGUAAAUGCUGCUCAUAUUGUAAUGUUUCAGUUUGUGAGGCAAGGAGAACAAAGGUCCACUUGUUCUCCUUCAGUUUUUCAAUUAUAUACACAUGACUCACUUUGUAGGAUUACAUACCCAAACCAUCUGUUUCUGUGUUAGGUUUAGUAAGUUUUUCCAGUAGCAUUGUUCUGAAUGUAAUGGGAAUUUACAUAGUAUAAGCAUCCUCUAUAUUUGCAUCCUGUAUUUGAGGAUUACUCAAACUUAAAUUAACAGUUGUUCCUCUUUUUAAAAUACAUUCUGUCCUCUGCUAAAAGCUCACAGUGGAUUUGGAAACUUCCUUUGAAUGCAGAGCUUGCAGAAUGUCUGCUCAUUCUCUCUUAAAAAAGACUGUGAGGAUUGACAGCAUUUCACGGGGGUCUAAUUUUCCAGAUCCCGGGUUAAUGUUGGGGCCUCAGAUGGCAACUGCCCAACAUUUCGCUCCCCUCCGCUGACACGCUGGAGCUAAUCUUCUCACAUUCCUCACUGAGGGAAUGCUCCCGUUAAAGAAAAAGGCUAUCUAAAGUCUGACCCCCCCGCCCUUGUUAAAAUGGCACGCAUUCUCUACAUGAUUCCUUUUCUGGGACUGGUUAUUUCUUGUGCGCUGUGAUAGCUGGUUCUACCAUGGGCGUCCAGCAGUGCAGUGUGGAAAUGGUCAACUAUAAUUGGCCUGCAUUUGCCAUUCUAUUUGUUGUUCCCAUCACUGUGAUAUAUUCGGCCGUGUUUUCUCCAUUGCUCAAGUAUCUCACAUUUCUGAUGGCGACUAUACGCUUAACAUGGAAUCUUCUAUUUAUUUCUUUGUGCUAAGUGUAGGAUCACUGAACACUGCUGAAUGUAGACUCCUGUUUCCCAAGAAUGUGUUUUGUAUUUAACUGGAACGUUCUGCCCUUUUUUUUAGAAAGGGAUACCAUUAAAAUUAAGAGCUCUAAAGAAGCAAAAUUAUGAUUGAUAACUGUCGAACUGGUCCAAAACUCAAUACAAAUGUCAAAUUUGAGUACUGCCAUGAAGAAACCACACACUCCAGGUUUGAUAUUAUGCAUCCUGAUGUUAUUAUCAUUAGCAGCAUUAGUAGCAAUCCUACAAAAACCAUGUAAAUUCCCUCAUUUGACUGGUAUUCCCUUCUGUUCAUCCUAUUUUUCUCCACAGUGUAUUUGCUGGUCAAUGCAUUGUGUCAGCCUGAGUUAAUACCCCUCACCUUUUUUUGGAAUGUGUUUACAUGAAUGGCUAUUUGAAGUGAGAGAGAAGUUAAUAUAUUUUGUUGUGUGUUUUUCAUUCAUUUAUUUUUGUUGUGUUAUUUGUUAUGUUUUUGGUGCCAAAGAUGUAAUCUACUUUUAAGUUAUAAUUGAUGACAAAUACAAAAGGUUCAACUACA